CAUAGUUUUAAUAUUUUAUAUAUCUAGCUAUUUUCUUUGGGUUAUAUUUUUUUAUUUAUUUUGUUGAAAUGGCAAAAUCCCCAGAAGAAGAACAUCCAAUUAAGGCUUUUGGAUGGGCAGCUAGAGAUACUUCUGGUGUUCUUACUCCUUUCAACUUCUCAAGAAGGGCUACUGGGGAGAAAGAUGUGCAAUUCAAGAUCUUGUAUUGUGGAGUUUGCCACACAGAUCUUCACUUUCUCAAGAAUGAAUGGGGAGUCACCAGAUAUCCUGUUGUACCUGGGCAUGAGAUUGUGGGUGUAGUGACAGAAGUUGGUAACAAAGUUGAUAAAUUUAAGAUUGGUGACAAAAUUGGUGUUGGAUGUCUAGUAGGAUCAUGUCAAAAAUGUGACAAUUGUGCAAAUGAUCUUGAAAAUUAUUGUCCCAAACAAAUACAAACAUAUGGUCAAAUGUACAUCGACGGAACGAUGACGUACGGUGGUUACUCCGAUAUCAUGGUUGUCGAUGAGCAUUUCGCGGUCCGUUGGCCGGAGAAUUUACCGAUGGAAGCUGCACCAUUGUUAUGUGCUGGUAUCACAACUUAUAGCCCAUUGAAAUAUUAUGGGCUUGAUAAGCCUGGUUUGAACAUUGGUGUUGUGGGCCUUGGUGGGCUGGGCCAUAUGGCUGUGAAAUUUGCUAAGGCCUUUGGGGCUAAUGUCACAGUUAUAAGUACUUCUCCUAGUAAAGAAGAGGAAGCCCUUAAACAUCUCGGUGCGGAUAAGUUUUUACUUAGCAACAAUCCUGAGCAAAUUCAGGGUGCAAUGAACACAUUGGAUGGAAUUAUUGAUACUGUUUCAGCAGUUCAUCCACUUUUACCAUAUCUUGGUAUGUUAAAGCCUCAUGGUAAACAUGUUAUAGUUGGUGCAAUUCCUCAACCACUUGAAAUGCCAGUGUUUCCUUUAAUCUUGGGAAGGAAGACAAUUGCUGGGAGUGCAAUGGGAGGAAUGAAAGAGACUCAAGAAAUGUUAGAUUUUGCAGCAAAGCAUAACAUAACACCAGAUGUUGAAGUCGUAGCGAUGGACUACGUGAAUACAGCAUUGGAACGUCUUGUUAAAUCCGAUGUCAAGUAUCGAUUCGUGCUAGAUAUGGGCAAAAAAAUGAACAAUGUUUAAUCUCAAAACCAAAUUUUUUUGGUUCUUGAAAAUCAUUGUUGAUCUUCUUGAUGUUGUGUGUGUUUUUUAAGAUGUCUUGUUUUAGUAUGUUAGUGUCUUUGCUUAGUUAUGUAAGUUAUUCACAACUUGAAAGACAAAUAAUUUGUUGUU